CCUGGCAGCGGUGGGCGGACCUAAGGCUGGGCGCUCGGCUCGGCUCCCGCCUGUAGCUCAGGCAGCCGCCCGCUCCCCGCGCCACUCGCCGCCGAGCCGAGCCCGCUGCAGUCCUCUCCGGGCGGCAUGCCCGUGGCCCGAGGAGCAGCGGCCGGGACUGGACGCGCCGAUCUCCGCCGAGCAGCCGGCCAGGGCUCCGGCCAGCGCCUCUCGCUUCCUGCCGGGAUGAAGGGGCUUCUCCAGAGCGGGGCGUCAGAGCCUGGCGCCCGCCCGUGAAGCGCCGAGGCCGGGCGGCGGCACCUGCUGUGCCCGGGGCCCCCCAUGGGGCGGCGGCGCCGGGGCUCCUGAUCGCUCCGCCCGCUCCGCCCGCCGACCGGCCCGCGCCGCCCCGCUCCCCGCCAUGGGCCGCCUGCCGCUGCUGCUGCUGGCCCUGCAGCUGCUGGCCCUGCUGCUGCUGGCCGCGCCCGCCGCCGGGCCCCCCCGGGCCAAGGGCAACCGGACGCAGGGCGCGGCCCGCCGGCCGCCCCGCCCGCCCAAGGAGCUGAACCAGACGCUGGCCGGGCCCGGGGCCGCGGCGGCGCCCAGCGCGGUGAGCGGGGGCGGCGGCGGGGCGGCCCCGGGCCCGGCGCACGAGACGUGCUGGGGCUACUACGACGUGAGCGGGCAGUGGGACAAGGAGUUCGAGUGCAACAACAGCCAGAGCGGGUUCCGCUACUGCUGCGGCACCUGCUACUACCGCUUCUGCUGCAACAAGCGCGCCGAGAAGCUCGACCAGGGCCAGUGCCGCAACUACCAGAGCCCCGGCUGGAUCACCACGCCCGGCCUGCGCCCCGCGCCGCCCGACGGCAGCCAGCCCGACAAGUACGACCCGGCCAAGGACAGCACCAACGCCACGGUCUACAUCUCCUGCGGCGCCGUGGCCUUCGUGCUGGUGGCCGGCGUCUUCGCCAAGGUGGCCUACGACAAGGCGCGGCGCCCGCCCCGGGAGAUGAACAUCCACAGGGCUCUGGCAGACAUCCUAAGGCAGCAGGGGCCAAUCCCAAUAGCACACUGUGAAAGAGAGACUAUCUCGGCCAUAGAUACCCCUCCCAAAGAAAACACGCCCGUCCGAACAUCCUCCAAAAACCACUACACCCCUGUGCGCACCUCUAAAAGCAACCCAGGUCACUAUGGGAAGGAUAUUUAUCGAAGUGGAGGGCCAGAUCUCCACAAUUUCAUCUCCUCCGGGUUUGUCACGUUAGGAAGAGGACACGUGAAGGAUGACCAAGAACAAAAUUAUAACCACCUGAUACUAAACAGUGCAACCCAGACACCUACAAAUGAAAAACCACGGAUGAACAAUAUCCUCACUUCCGCCACGGAGCCCUAUGAUCUCUCCUUUUCCAGGUCCUUCCAGAACCUCUCCCAUCUCCCGCCAUCCUACGAGGCUGCAGUCAAGACUAACCCAAGUAAAUAUUCUUCUCUGAAGAGAUUAACUGACAAAGAAGCUGAUGAAUAUUACAUGAAGAGGAGACACCUUCCUGAUCUGGCAGCACGAGGGACCCUCCCUCUCAAUGUCAUCCAAAUGUCUCAGAAACAGACCAACCACAGAGAACGGCCCCGCCGACCCAUACGGGCUAUGUCCCAGGACAGGGUGCUGUCCCCUGAGAGGGUCCUGCCCGAGGAGUUCAGCAUGUCCUAUGAACGGAUCCUCUCUGAUGAACAGCUUUUGUCUGCAGAGCGCCUCCAUUCCCAAGACCCCCUGCUCUCUCCGGAGCGCACGGGUUUCGCAGACCAGUCCAUGUCGCGCGCAUUGUCACACACAGAUGUCUUUGUUUCUACGCCUGUCUUGGAUCGCUACAGGAUGACAAAGAUGCACUCCCAUCCCAGUGCCUCAAAUAACUUGUACAAUACCUUAUGUAUGAACCAAACUUCCGCCAAGCGCCAAGCAUUCGCCUCCCGACGGCACAACACAGUGGAACAACUGCAUUAUAUCCCAGGACACCACCACCAUUACCGCACAGCAAGCAAAACAGAGGUGACUGUUUAAUAUGACACUGUGCAUUGUGGAUAAUCAGUAAGGACUGGUGUGACCCCAGGACCCCAAACUGCAGUGGCCUUACAGGCCAAGAUAACCUCUAACUGAGUGUCCGAAAAGACUUUUCUGACAGUCACAUCUGCAUUGUUUUUAAAACCAUUUUCAUAUUGUUGACAUAAGAAGAAAAAAUGGGCAAUUGGAGAGAAUCCCCAACAUGCGCCAGUUUCUGUCAAAGAAAGCCAUAGCAGCAGGCGGCACCUUCCAAGGGCUUAUCUGCUGUAACUCACUUGUUUUUAUGAAUUUAGGAUUUUUAAACUUCAAAUUGCGCCAAGUCUCACAGAGCCCACGGUAUGUUUGCAGCAUCCUAGCCUGGCAGGGUGGGGCCCUGUCACCAUCUCUCACACCAGCCUUUUUGGCCAGUACUGAAUUUUUCAGUGACUACUUAUAUUGCCCUUGACUGCUAAUAGUCACAGUCAAGCAUUAGAUGCUAGGAUGUCCCCCAAGUAGCUGUUGUUCUUCCUGAUUUAAAAGUCAAAGCUUACUAGAGGACUGUCAGAUCUAGUGACACAGUUAGCCUAGCUGAUAAAUGAAGUCUUGUUUAUAUUAAAUAUACUCAUAAAACAGAAAUAUAAUAGUGCCUACAACUUGCCUGCUCUCUCAGUGUAGGAAGUAGUGGGAUUGACGUGUCAAUAAGCACAAUUAUGCUGAAAUGCUCGUUAGGCCCUUUCUGCCCUCAUCCUAAUUUCUGCAGUCUGUAAAUAGAAAAUGGGUGGGAUUUCAUUGGUUCAGCUUCUUGCCAACGUGGUGCCGGAGGCACCAAAACUCACCCAUCAUUACAUUGCUAAAAAGCACUUUGGGUAAAACACUGGCUCUGUUGAAAUAGUAAAACUCCCAUUGACUUCACUGGAGCCACGAUUUCACCAUCCUAUUAACAUCUCAUCCCAGUCCAAUUCCUCACCUCUGUUUCUGAGCCUAAUUAUUCCUCUCAGCGACAACUGAGGACUCACCAUUUCAGAGGAAUGGCAAACCCUCUGCUAAAUCUGUUUGAACAGAUACAGACAGAAAAGUUUGUCUAUUAACCCAAAACUAGAUGGAUAUUUUCCAGUCAUCGUCUGAGCAGACAGUUACAUUUCAUGUGCAUAAAUUAUAUAUCCAACAUAAUUAUACUAAAUGGGCAUGUUGUAUAUCUGAUGUAUAAUGCUAAUUAGAUACAGAGUAUUUGUAAAUUCCUUCAAAAAUAGACUCAUGGGUCCAAAAUUUGUGAGGUGUUUUGUAUUUCAGUCUGUACUUACGUUCUGUAGAACUAAUUCAAACUGGGACAUACCUCUGUGCACUGAGAGGAAUCUCAGAGCUUGCGAAAGGCAGGUCAGCAUCCCACUCCAAGUGAUGGCAUCCGUGGCCAUGUUAAUGACCCUUCAACAGUUGCUCAUUAUGUCGCAUAUUCAGUUCCCAUCACAUAAGCAUAUGUUGUUUUCCCAACUGGCAGAAUGGAGCCCCCUGCCUGGAUAAGAUCAUGAAUGACUUCAGAUUUUAAAUACACAUCUUAAUAAUUGCUAAUUUAACUGGCCCAUCUCUCUGCCUCUCCCCCACAUACUCAGUAACUGCCCCUCCCCCCAUACCUCAUAAAUGGCCCCUCCUCUCUUACCCUGUAACGAGCUGUCUUUGCACCUCCCCCACACUCCCCUUAAAUGGCCCCUCUCUGCCCCUCCCCCACAGACCCUGUAACUGGUCUCUUUCCUAUUCAUUUUAACUAGCCCCACAUACUCAGUAACUGCUGCUCCUCCUCAUAACCCUCAUACCCCUUAAAUGCCCCCUACUUAUAUCCUAUAACUAGCUGGUUUUGCCCCUCCCCCACACUCCCCUUAAAUGGCCCCUCUCCUACUCACUUUAACUAGUCCCUUUCUCUGCCCCUCCACCACAUACCCUGUAACUGGCCCCUCCCCCACACUCCCCUUAGCGAGUCUCUCCCCUCCCCCCCCACUUAUCUCACCCCUCCUAACGCUGCUUUGGCUCCCACCCUGCAGAGCGGCAUAUGGUGUGAGAUGCUCCCAGGCUCUGUCUGGGCUCCAAUCCCAGCCCCGGGCUAAUUCUGAGGCACUCUGGGUCCCGUGGUGCCAGGCUGGCAGUGGGAAGGUGUUCUCCUUGGGUAGGCUGUUAAAGGCAGACCUUAGUGAGGAGCCUGUUCCCAUUUGACAUUAAUCAUGCUGCAAUGCUCAAGGGCCCUGGCAUUGCCUGCCCCAAUCUGGGCUGUGCUUGACCCAGUCUCUAGGUCCCAGGGCUCAGUACGUUGGGAAGGGAGUCAAGUGACGAGGAGUACAGGGCUUUGUUUGACAGAAACUGUGCUGGGAUGGAACAACCAAGGGUCACCCUGGUCUAGGUGCCUGUAUUAUGUUCCCUCAGGGCUAAAACCUCCCUGAGCCGUGUCCUCUCCCUGCUUGUAUAGCGUUCUGCCAUGGCCCCCGCAGGGGACAGAAGAACAGCCACUCUGAGCAGCUCCUCGCUCCUUUCUCUCCACUGACGCUCCCCUCCCACCUCCUCAGCCCAGUCUCAGCCCCUCAGAUGUGGACACUUCUCAGAAACAGCCAUGCCCCUGAGCUUUCACCCCGAUUCCCCAUGUCUUGAGGGCCAGGGCUAAUUCCGAACUGAAUGGAGCUGUUUGCAGCUGCCGCCAUCUUUGACAGGGAGGUGCUGACCACAGAGUCUGUGGAGCUCUGCAUUAUGGACCAGGAUGUAGGCAGUCUGGCCUAGUGGUCAGAGCAAGAAUCAGGACUAGUGGGUGGAGAAGGUAUCCAGGUUGGGGAAAUGGGACGAGAGUCAGCACGAGAGUCAAUGGCCAGUUACCAGAGCCAGGGAUUGAAGCUGAAGGUCAGAGCCAAGGUUAGAUUCCAAAUGUCUGAGCCAAGGGUCAAGCCAGAGUCAGAAGGGAGCCAAGGGAAGGAGCCAGGAAAGGAGCCAAGAAUGGUAACUGAUCAUUGGCGGUGAGGCACAAGGGUAGGAACUGGAGGAGAGGCAAGAAUCAAGCACAGAGCAGAAGCAUGGUGGGAACAGGAGCAAAGGCAGCCAUGAGGCAGGAGUGGAGCAGGAAUAGGGUCGGGUGCAGGAGGCAGGCACAAGUAGGGGCCAAUGCAGCCACAACAGGAAAUCGCCUUGCUGCUCAGACAAACUUCCUGUUCCUCCUCCUGCCUUAAAUAGCAUGGUUUGACCAAUCAGUGGAGCUCGGCGAUCCACCAAUCAAGGUGCCCAUGGUGGUGCCUUGGCUGAGGCUAUAUAGUCCUACUAGCUUCUUGGCCCAUCAGGUUUUGGUAGACAUUGGGUAGAAGACAUGAUACAGCAGCUGUCUGGGAAAUCCCAGGACUUGCUUCAAGACACAGGACAUCACACCCUGACUCCCUUCUCACUCCAGUGUAAACCAGGAGCCAUUCCACUGUAAACAGAGUGUGAGAGGAAAUACAGGCCUGGUUUCCAGCAAUCUGUAGGGAGAAGCAGGGCUCAGUGUGGGACACUCAGACACAGGGUUAGGACACUCAUCUCUCUUCUUCUAUGGCCAAGCACAGCUCUCUGGAUGGCUCUUUUCCCACGAGCUCCAUUCUUUGCUUCCAUUUUCAGUUCAUGAGUUAAGGAGCUACUGGAGUAGGUGUAGCUACCAAACCUCUUCUCCUAAGUCCUCUUCACAGAUGCUGUGUUGUGCUCCAGGCCAUUUGAUUGCAGAGCUUCAUCUGUUCUGUUUCACAAAGGUUGCAGGCCCUCUGCCUGUCCUACUUGGGCAAUAAUCUUCCAAAGAAAUUCUGGCCCCUCUCUCCCUGUCUCUUUCACCCAUGCAGCUGGGUGAAGCUGAUGUAUCCCACAGGAGCAAUCAACAGACGCUUCAAUGCACACUCUCUUCAGGGAAGCAGUCACCAUCAAAGCAAGGUUUGGCAGUUUCUCUUGAGAAUGCUUCUUGCACUGGAUAAUGCAUAUCUCUUCUGGACACCGCUCUGUUGUGUGACUUGCCUUGUGUGGCAUGAUAGGCAGGUAACUAGCACAGCAAUGUUCAGCACAAGCCACUGUUUGAUUGGAUUGAGUUCCUCCUUGUCCCUCUUUCUGAGGGCUUGUCACUCAGAGGCUGCAUGGUCUGGGGCUGGGAGUCACAAUGACGCUGGUGGACUAGUCCCAGCUUUGCCAGUGACUGGCAGUGCGACCUCCCCGUGCUUUGUUCAGCUCCCCUUUAGCCAAAUGAGAAGAAGAAUAAUACGGGAGUGUGGUGGGGUUAAUUCAGUAAUGUCUACAAAGUGCGUUGAGAGCUGCCGAGUACAAUGCAGAAGAGCAAAGUAUUAUAAUUAGUAGUAGCAUUGUUAUUUGUUGGUUGGAAGAUGAUGUGCUGACGUGUCUGGACUGGCAAGAGUCCACAUAUGGUCACCCUAUUCAGAGGGAGAAUGUGCUGGGUGGGACAGCUUCACAGAAUAACCCACUGGUUUACUUCUGUCCUGUAACUUGUCCAUUUUCUCUCUAGCCAGCUGCAGUCCCUAUGGCAGCUCUCACACAUGCUUCAACUUCCCUGCUCCAUCCUGCCCAGGUCUGAGCCACCUUCUGACCCUCUCCUCAGGACGAAAGCAGAGUGCAGUCCAGAUUCCUCAGUACAAUAGAUCUGACUUAUGAUGAAUCUUACCCGUCCUAGCCAUGGGUGGCCAUAAGCAUCUGCAGAGUGCCAAGUUCCCAAAAUGCAUGUGGGGAGGAGAAAAGGGUAUGCAUAGUAUGCCCCGGUUUAUAGCAUUUCCUACAAGCUGGUAUUGACUUUGCAUGCCCCGGGCAGUAUUAUACAACAGUGAGUUGCAUUGGGGAACCCCGGAAUUCAGACUGACCCUGUAACAAUCUUGUCUCCUGAGAUCUAUAGACACAGUCUUUGAAAUAUGGAAACUAUUUUUAAUGAACCACAUGUCACAUUAAAACUUCAUCAGAGCUGAUGAAAAUGUUUUCAGAUAUGUUUUAAAGGCACCAAAUUGUGUUUUAAUGAAAAAUGACCAUAUUGUCCAACGUUUUAAUGUUCCUUUUUUAAACGACACUCUGAUUCAGGGGUGUGGAGAAGCGUGAGGUGGGAAAUGGUAACUGAGAUACAAGAUAUCCUUUCCUUGCCCAGAGUUAAUUUCUACUUACUGCUCUGCUUUCCUGACCACACGCAAUGACAGGCCCAUGAAGCUGGGCUUCACAGCUGCAGAUACAUAGUAUUAUAUCAAAACAGUCCACAUCCGAAAUGUGCAACAUGAUGGGAUUUGGGCGCUAACUCUAUACAAGCAGAAUCAUCCCAGGGAAAAGGGAGAUAGUUCCCAGCAGUUGGGAAAAGUUCUGCAUAACAAACAAAGGUUCAUGAAACAGGGUAACAUUUAACUGUAGAGGAAGUAUAUGUUCUAAUUUGUGACUGAUUAGCCAUUUUCAGUUUAUGUAGCAGAGGACUAGCUCGUCUUAGCUUUAGUUUCAGAUUUAUUCUACAGAGUUGGAAGGAGGAACUACACUGAAAGCUGGUUAAUACAUGUAGAUUUCAUGUGCUGGGGAGGUAAAACUAUGGGAAAGUUUUGAAAAGUUGGAUUAAAUAUUUUCAUUAAAAAAAGUGUUGUUAGCAAUAAUUGUGUCCGGCUGUUUCUUAGAAAAUAGCCAUUUGUAUGUUGUUUGUUCACAAGCUGAUCAUAAAGGUGUAAUUAGCAGGCUGUCUUUAGCUGGUUUAGGCUUACAACUGACAUAUCCUUGUUAGUUCUAAAUCUGACUGUCUAAAAAAAAAAAUCUACAUUUGACCUGCUGAAAGCCCAUAGGCUAGAACAGAGAUGGGAUUAUUCUGUUCCAAUAUAUUUAUGUAAAUCUGAAAGUGAUCUACUAUCUCAAUAGUUAGAGAAAUGACAUUUUGUGUCUCUUGUGUGCUCUUCAUUAUGUGUGAAAAUUCUCACUGUUGGUGCCAUUCACGACAGCAGUGAAAUGUGAGAGCCAAGACAUUCUGAAGUUCUGCCCAUGUGCUUUGUAAUAGCUUCUUACAACCUUCAUUCCGUAAAUCGGUUAGAAAUUUUGUAGCAAGAAUUUUUUGGCUCUAAGAAAGACAUUUCUUACUGUAAUAUUUUUAGUUUGGGGGACAAUAUUUCCUAAGAGGGGGUUAGGUGGACAUUUUUGUGCUUUAGCCCAAUUUAUGGAUUCCGUGUUUAUUAUACAGUAGUACUGAUGAGAAAGUACAUUUGUAUCUGUAACUUUGCACAGACUCUUGGUUAACCAUUAAAUAAGCUUCAAGAUGAGCAGUAUUUGACUGUUUUUCUCUGUAUUAUUCUUGUUGUUAUACUUACCAGUAAAAGCACAUUCUAUAUGUACUGUAAACAAAAAUAUUAUCAGUUUAGUAAAAUUUAGAGGUCUUAAGGAUUUUUCCACUUUUGUCAGUAACAAAUAUUUAUGGAUUCCAAAAUAAAGCAAUUUAAACAUA